AUGAUUUCCACUAUAAGAUGCUUUCGUUUCUCUUUUCGUGCGAGGCAAAUCCUUAUUCAGUCAAUGUUGUGUACCCGAAAAGAAAACAACUUGCAUUUGCCUAUCCAAAGUUGCAGUCGACAGCCCUGGAUGUUUCGUCAAUUUCAAAUGAGCGCGACAUCACAAGGACCAAAGGCAAAAAAGCCAUAUCACUUGGAAAGAAUCAAUGAAGAAGAAAUUGAGGAACUCUUUGUUCGCGGGAGUGGACCAGGAGGCCAAAAAAUAAAUAAAACAAGUAUAGUGUCACAACUAAAACAUAUUCCGACUGGUAUCACUGUCCGGUGUCAAGAAACACGUUCGCGAGAACAAAAUCGAAAAAUAGCAAGAAAAAGAUUAGCGGAAAAGGUUGACGAGUUUAAACAUGGAGAAAAUAGUUUAUUGUCGUUAAAAGCACAGAAUAUUGUUCAGAAAAAACGGAAUCGACAGAAAAAAAGCCGAAGAAAAUACGGCCAUGAGAACGAAGAACAGCAAAAUGAUCAGUCUCUUCGCGAAUGCCCAAACGAACAACAAGAAAUCGAAAAGUGA